GGCUUCGGGCCGGGCUCUCGAGAAAACGUUUGCCGGGGUUUACCCGUGACUGUACCAUUGUUCGCGCACGCAUGACGCAAUGACGCAUGUUCGAUUCACGUUGACAAAACGGGACGGCACGUGGACGCAAUCACGGCACUGUUCGUCAAACGGCGCCCGUCCCUUUCGUCGGGCGUCCGUCGUCUCGAAGGAUGCCGCCGUCUCAUUCCAGCAACAAGACAGGCCUUCUAGCAGCUCGGCUUACGCUACGUCGGGCAUGGCCGGAGUUCCCAAUGACCAACACCCCCCCUACGCUUCGAUCCCUCCGCCCGCCCGCCAUGGACGCGGCCCAGCGCUGCCCCCGGCCGCCUAUAUAUAGGCCACGCGUCCUCCUUGCAACUCCCCUGGUUGGUGGCGGUGAUGAGCAGCGAGCGCGUCGACAAGUGAUUGAGAUCGCCAUGGGGUCCUUGGAAGGCGACGUGGCCACCUCGCCCUCGCUGUCCAGCACCGGCAGCAGCGGCACCGGCGCCGGCAACGACAACCAUGGCGGCGGCGAGGUGAGGAUAUACGCCUGCUUCGCGCACGGCGCGUCCAACAGCCUCGAGUGCUACGAGCCGGGCGCCAACACGUGGCGCCGCGUCGGCGGCCUCCCGGGGGUGCCCCACGGCCACGUGCUCAAGGGCUUCGCCGUCGUCGCGGUCGCCGAGUCCGUCUACGUCAUCGGCGGCCGCCUGUGCCGCAGGGAGAGCGUGCCCGGCGGCGACUACCGCGACACGGACGUGGGCGUGCGCGCCGACGUGCUCCGCUACGACGUGCGCCGCGGGGAGUGGCGCUGCUGCGCGCCGCUGCUGGUCCCGCGCGUCGACUUCGCGUGCGCGCCGUGCCGCGGCAGGAUCUGCGUCGCCGGCGGGCUCUGCUCGCUCUCCGGCGCGCGGGGCACGGCCGCCGCCGAGGUGUACGACCCGGAGACCGGCCGCUGGUCGCCGCUCCCGGACAUGAGCACGCUGCGGUACAAGUGCGUGGGCGUGACCUGGCAGGGCGGGUUCCACGUGGUGGGCGGCUUCGCCGAGAGCACCACGCCGGCGGCCGCGCCCGGGGAGGCGCUGGAGCGGAGCUCCGCCGAGGUGUUCAACUGCGGGCGCGGCGUGUGGGAGAUCAUCCCGGGGAUGUGGCAGCUGGACGUGCCGCCCAACCAGAUCGUCGCGGUGGCCGGCCGGCUCUUCAGCUCCGGCGACUGCCUCAACAGCUGGAAGGGCCACGUGGAGGUCUACGACGGCGAGCUCAACAUCUGGAGCGUCAUGGACCACUCAGCACUAUCAGACCUGGCGCUGCUCGCCAGCAACCUGCCGCCAUCAGCGCAGCAGCUCUACCUCACCAUGGCCGUGGUCGGGACGCGGCUCUUCUUCCUCGCCGGGUACGAGAUCGCCGGCGACGACGACGAGAGCUUCAGGACGGUCUCACUGGUGCACAGCUACGACACCAGCGCCGCGCCAGGGCUGGCGCCGGCGUGGAGCAGCUUCCAGCCCAAGAUGGACCAUGACAACAACGUCGAGGACGGCAGCAAGGAGCUCUUCAGCCAGUGCUGCUCCGUGCAGCUCUCCAGCUGAUCAACUGCAGGCCUCAGUCCAGUCCAGUACACACAGUCAGUCCGUCUGUAUCAUGGUUUUUACCAUGUGAAAAAUUGCUACUUGUGCUGUUGUGCUAAAUUCGUGUGACUGUAUUUUUCCUUUCUUUGUGGAGUGGACAAUGGAGAAUAUAUAUACAUGGAGUGAUACUUUA